GCCUCUCUCAAUCCAUACAUGUAGCUGCUUAGCUGCAGAUCAUGGACACUAUCCUUGCCCAUUAGGCCAAGAGAUUGAAUCAACGACAAAUAAACUAUCAAUGGCAUCCAACCAUCGUCGCUUCCUCCUCUCCGGCGCCGUCUUGCUCUCAGUCCUCGCCGCCGUGGCCGCCCUGGAGAGCGUUGAGGACGAGUGCCAGCCAGGGGUGGCCUUCCCGCACAACGCAUUAGCCACCUGCCACACCUACGUGAUCAAACGGGUCUGCGGCCGCGGUCCCAGCCGGCCCAUGCUGGUGAAGGAGCGGUGUUGCCGGGAGCUGGCGGUCGUCCCGGAUUACUGCCGGUGCGAGGCACUGCGCGUCCUCAUGGAUGGGGUGCGCGCGGAGGAGGGCCACGUGGUGGAGGGCCGCCUUGGUGACAGACGUGACUGCCCGAGGGAGGCGCAGCGGGAGUUCGCCGCCACGCUGGUCACGGCGGCGGAGUGCAACCUGCCGACCGUCUCGGGAGUCGGGAGUACACUUGGUGCGACCGGCAGAUGGAUGACGAUCGAAUUGCCCAAGUAAUGAAGCGAUCAAGCGAAGUACUCUACUGGCAGAUGGAGUACUGCAUGUAGAAUAAAAGUACUCAAGUGAAAACAAAUAAAUAAAGCUUGUGAGCUGUAUGCGUA